AUGUCUAUCGACAUCCAAGGAGGGAAGGAGCUCACUGGUCUUGGAAUUGGAACUAUACUCGCUUAUCCAAUGCAUAGGAUCGGUUGUCAAUCCCUACAUUUCCAUUUGGAAUUGGACAAUAAAGUAGCAUUGUAUAAUAAGAGUCAGGGAAACACCACAUCUUAUUGCUCUGCUGUAUCAGGCGAGCAAUUGAUUAGUGGGCGACCCUUUCUUUACUGCGCCAUUGAGAGUGUGGACGACCUCGAUAGAGAAGGUAUAUCUUCAGCAUGA